AUGACAAUCUGAUAUGCCAGUUUAAAUAAAAAAUAGUUUUAAAAUGUCAUAUUUUACAUUUCAAAAUUGUUCUCUUGCAAGGAGGUAGGGAAGUUAUGGCUUCCGCCGGUGGUUUGGUUGCUGCUGGAUUGAUAAUUUUCCGUAAAAUUCAAAGUAAUAUCGAGUAUUUGCUUCUGCAAACAUCAUAUGGACAACACCACUGGACUCCCCCAAAAGGUCAUGUUGACCCAGGAGAAUCAGAACUCCAGACAGCCAUAAGAGAAACAGAAGAAGAAGCAGGACUUAGUGAACAAGCUUACAACAUAUUGUCAGAAUUCAAUUAUACAUUAAACUAUGAAGUGAAGGGAAGACCUAAACGAGUUGUAUAUUGGUUAGCAGAGAUGAAAAACCCUGAAUGUCCAAUUAUAUUAUCAGAUGAACAUCAGAAAUAUGUUUGGUCAACUCUUGAUCGAGCUUUGGAAUUUUCUCAAUAUUCAGACAUGCAAAAACUUUUAAAAGAGGCAGAUAAUCACAUUAAAAGUCAAAAGUAAUCAAUAACAUAUUUAUGAAGGUUGAUCAUUUUUGAAAAAACUGAAAAGUGACGUACCCAGUAAUAUACAGACAUGAUAUUAGAAUAAAAUAUGAUCAACAUGUGUAAGACUGUCAUGCGGAAUAAAGUUUUAGACAUCUUAUUCACUGGUUCGUGUCAACAAAUGCAUGUAGUGAGUUUGGAAUGACCAUGGUUGUUUUUGAGGUGUUGUAAUAACUGAUUUACAUUAUAAGCAAUACAAGAUUAUAUACAUUUUAUACCUAUUAUUAAAUAAUUAUACAUUUGUACCAUUUUUAAAGGAUUUAUGCCAUACAAUACAACACAAUUAUACAUGAUGAUGCCAGUACUUUUAUCAAACCAAUUUAAUAAGCACCCAUUGAGGGCAUGAGUACAAACAUGACAGCACAAUGAACAUCAGUUAUUGAAUAUAAUAUGCAGGAGAUAUAUGUAGCCUUGAUAAAUUUAAAUACCAGAUAUGGCCAUACUGUCCAUUAAAAUUUUACAUUAUUUUUGUUUUGUUUGUUACUACAGUUCAUAGAAAAAACUCUUUCUUUUGCUUUUUGUACUUGUUUGUCCCAUGAAUUUUAAAAAAAAUUUAUCUUUAAGAUAAACAUUUUAUGUAUGAUAGUUAAAGGUUGAUAUCAAAAUAUUAGUAAAAUUGAACAAAGACAUAGAAAGUUGGUUGUGUUUUAAUAUAUCAUAUCAAGUUUUUGAUAGUAUGAUUAUGAUGCAAUAUAAUUGAAAUUUGAAUUAUUUCUUGAUAAUAUUACAAAAGUAAGAUGAUGUAGUAUGAUUGCCAAAUGAGAAAACUCUUCCAGUUUGAAUCUGGAAAUGAUCUUACGCAGAAGGUGUUGUAUGGGAGUUAACACUAAAUGCUAGUGUGUUUAUAAUUAUACUUGUAUUAUUCAUGAUAAAAUAUUUUUUACAUCCAACCCUCUAGUUUAUAGAAUAUUUUGAAUUAUUUCCCUUAGGAUUGGAAAUGAUCAUGUUGAAUGGGAGAUAACUCUAAAUGCUAGUUUAUAGAAUAGUUUGAGUUAUUUCCCUUACUAUAUUGACAAUGAUUAGAUUUACUUCAUACUAUAUGUUCUGCAAGGUAAUAAAUCAACAUUUAGUUUCUUUCAUACUUCAAGGUUUGUUAUAUGAAGUGAUAGUAAAAGUAUUGUCACUUAUAUUUCAAAUUUACCUGAACUAGUUUUAUUUCCUUUUAUGUUACAUUUGUCUUAGAAUAUAAUAUUGAUUUUACUGAUAAUAUAAAUCAUAGAACACUGUC